AGCGACGAGAGGCCCCGUUGCACAUGAGCAGCAACUGUAACUGAGUAGCCUUUUCUCGACUAAGUCGAGAACGAAGAACUCGACCAACUAGCCACGACACUAAAUCAAGAUGUCUACCGCUCCGCCCGGACCUCCUGGUCCGCACCAACCUCCCCCCAUGGACCAAUCACCCCCAACCGCCCCGAGUCUCCCGAACCCCAACGCGCACGAAGCGCGAGGUCCAGGACCGGAAAAUGUGAACCAACAGUCCGGCUCCAUUCUCUAUUCCCCCGCGCUGUUCAACGCCAAUAAUCUACAAAACAAGCCCCCCCUCCACAGUUUCAGCCGGUGCCUAUCAACUGUAAAAAUGUCUGGGUCUGGAACCUUGUGAUGCUGAGUGGCGUAGCAUGAGGAGGCCUCAAGUGCUGGCUCAGCAUGACAAAUUUCUGAGCUUGUAGGUGUUGCCUAUUCUGCAUGACAAAUUGCGUCUCCGCAUGACAGAAAAAUGCUGCUCUUGGGCAACGUGCAUGACAGAUUUAAGAGUCAUGCCAGACAAGCAUGACAAACAUGCAUCCUUCCAGACCCAGACAUUUUUACAUUUGAUAGUGCCGCCAGGGCAGCAACAUGCUGUACAUUUGCAACCUCGGGCCGCAGAACGGGCAGGCGCAGGACAUUGUGCCGCUGAUGACGUUAUCAAAUGUAAAAAUGUCUGGGUCUGGAAACUUGUGAUGCUGGUUGGCGAAUCAAGAGAACGCCAGAAAUGACGGCUCAGCAUGACAGGUUUUGGAAUCGCUAGGUGUUGCCUAUUCUGCAUGAGAAACUGGGUUUUUGCAUGACACAAAAGUGGCGCUUUUGGGUACAACCCUGCAUGACAGACUUGACUGUCAUGCUAGCAGAGCAUGACAAACCUGGCAUUUUUCCUGGUUGAGUCAGCGGAAAACGCUGAUACUGGGCAGAUGCUGAAGAACUACGUGUAUGAUAGAUGAAAGUGCUAUGGUUUUCUUGAGAACAAAAUAAUAUUUCUGGCGACGAUUCAC